AUGGGAAACAAAAUAACUGCUUUCUUCCAGCGAGUGUGUGAUUAUCCGAUAAAGAGGAAGCCCAUAUGUUUCCUGAGACAGGAAGAUUACUCCUCAACAGGGCAACGUUUGCGACACGAUGAAGCUCCCCUACGAGGUCCACCAACAGAAUAUGACAAACUAGUUGAGGAUUUCUAUGCAAAACUUCAGGCUCACCGUAAAGAGGCCAAGCAUAAGUUGGAUGAGCGCCAGCAAUCUGGAGCAAAAAGACUGGUUUCACGGUUUCCUGGCUGGAAUGAAAUGACAAUCACCAACCUACACAACAUGUUCCUUCUCUUUGACAGCAGUAAUCUUGGAAUGCUCAACUUUGAUGAUUUCUGUGCCAUUCUGGGAUGCCUUGGUGAUGAAAGUCCCUACGAUGUACGUAAACUUCAUCAUGAUACAGCAGACAAGGACAUGGAUGGUUGCAUCAGUUAUGAAGAGUUCCUUUCGCUUGUGUACAAUUUUGAUCCUCCCGAGGACAAUGAGAUUAGAGGACUGGCCAAACUCUGCCUUAAAAUGGCUGACGAUAUUAAGUUUGUUGGUGGACUCUCACUUGGAGAGCAGUUGGAAUACGGACUGUUUUAG